GCGGGGCGGGAGCCUCCGCCGGAAUCGCAGCGGGAGCAGGUGGAGCCGCAGCCGGAGCCCGCCGGCUGAGCUGAGAGGCGGCGGGCUGGGCCGGGGCCAUGGAGCUGCUCAAGCUGAACCGGAGUGUGCUGGGAUCGCCCACCGGACCCGGGCCCGGGGUCCCCCUAUGCCGCCCGGCGGGGUCACUCCUCAACAGCAGCGGGACUGGCAACCUCAGCUGUGAGUCUCCUCGUAUCCGCGGAGCUGGGACGCGAGAACUGGAGCUGGCCAUUAGGAUCACUCUUUAUGCAGUGAUCUUUCUGAUGAGUGUCGGAGGAAAUAUGCUCAUCAUCGUGGUCCUGGGACUGAGCCGCCGCCUGAGGACGGUCACCAACGCCUUCCUGCUCUCACUGGCAGUCAGCGACCUCCUGCUGGCUGUGGCCUGCAUGCCAUUCACACUACUGCCCAAUCUCAUGGGCACGUUCAUCUUUGGCACCGUUGUCUGCAAGGCAGUUUCCUACCUCAUGGGGGUGUCUGUGAGUGUGUCCACGCUAAGCCUGGUGGCCAUCGCCCUGGAACGGUACAGCGCCAUCUGCCGACCUCUGCAGGCGCGUGUAUGGCAGACACGCUCCCACGCGGCUCGCGUAAUUGUAGCCACGUGGAUACUGUCGGGUCUGCUCAUGGUGCCCUACCCAGUGUUCACCAGCGUGCAGCCGGCGGGGGCCCGUGUGUUGCAGUGCGUGCAUCGCUGGCCCAGUGCGCGGAUUCGACAAACGUGGUCUGUACUGCUGCUCCUGCUCUUGUUCUUCGUCCCGGGUGUGGUUAUGGCGGUGGCCUACGGGCUCAUCUCCCGUGAACUCUACUUAGGGCUUCGCUUUGACAGUGACAGUGACACUGAGAGCCAGAGCCGAGUAGGAAACCAAAGAGGACUGCCAGGUCCUGCACAUUCGAACGGGCGGUGCGUGUCAGAGACCGUGCUGGCUGGUGAGGACGGCGAUGGUUGCUACGUGCAGCUCCCGCGCUCUCGGCCUGCUCUGGAGCUGUCCGCGCUGACCACACCCACUCCUGGGCAGGGACCGGGGCAAGGGCCCAUCCAGGCCAAGCUGUUAGCUAAGAAGCGAGUGGUGCGGAUGUUGCUGGUGAUUGUUGUGCUGUUUUUCCUAUGCUGGUUGCCAGUGUAUAGCGCCAACACUUGGCGUGCUUUCGACGGUCCUGGUGCACAUCGUGCACUUUCGGGCGCACCCAUCUCCUUUAUCCACCUGCUGAGCUACGCCUCGGCCUGUGUCAACCCUCUGGUCUACUGUUUCAUGCACCGUCGCUUUCGCCAAGCCUGUCUCGACACGUGCGUCCGCUGCUGCCCUCGACCUCCACGAGCCCGCCCCAGGCCCCUUCCAGAGGAGGACCCUCCCACACCCUCCAUUGCUUCCCUGUCCAGGCUGAGCUACACCACCAUCAGCACUCUGGGGCCUGGCUGAGGAGUGGAGGAGGAGAAGGGGUUGAAGCAGGAUAGGCCAGUCCAAACACACAUACCCUGGAAACCUACACACUGAAACUGACCCACAGGACUGUCACCAGACAAGAUGGACUAACACCCUGCCCAGGAAAAGGUGGCUUGCUGGACACAAAGGAAACAAACAGGACCUGAACACAGGAGACAGCACACUCUGGAUAUGGGGCUGAGCCUGACACCUGGAAACCUGGCACUGACCUCGGACAUUCGUUUGGGUCCUGGCAAUGGAAGCUCUGAUGGGCCAACCUGCCUCACAUACACUUAGAGUAAAGGCACUGAUUUCCUGGAGGCUGGGAGCUCAGAUGGGGCUGCCUCCUGAGAGGCUGCAGCCUGUCCCCAGUGUGACCUCGAGGUGUCCUUCCCAAUCAGCACUGGAAACACCAACCUGCCUAAUCACACACCUCCUGACCAGCAGGCUGUUGGCACUGAAAAGUCCCUUUAUUCUUUUCCAGGUAAAUACUAUCAUCCUGCCCCCUCCCCUCUCAGACAACCUCUUCAAGAAAUAAUAAAUGACUUGGUUUCCU